GGGGCCGGCCCGGAGGGUAGCUGUGAGGGAAGCAAAGCCGCAGCCUCCGGAGGCGCAGCGCAGAAAUGGGCUCCUCGGCUCGGUGCCCCGCCGGCCGCCAAGCACAAAGAAACGGCAGCGCACUCCCGUCAGUGUAAAACCAUUUUUUUUUCUUUUUUUUCUUUUUUUUUUUUUAAUUCUAAAUCACUUUCACAACAGUGAAAAUUAGUGAACAGUAACGGUAAUAACGCACUGAACGAGCCGUCACCGGCUGUGUGCAGUCUGAAUACAAGGGGAGCGGUACGAUACAAACGCACACCGAGAGAAAGGUCUCUCUGAGAAGAAAGGAUGCACGGUACCUGGAGGAGGUCGCCCAUCGUUUAUGUUGAAUGCUGUGGCAAAUAUACCAAAGGGAAAUGCCCCAAUUCCGAAUGACAUUUGGAAGCCACCAUCUCCAAACCCGAAGCCUUGGAAUCCCUGCAGAGAACAAAGCAACAGAAGAGAAAAAAAAAAAGGUAUAAAUAAUUUAAAGCCUAUUUCAGAAUAGUUUGCAAAAGUGCAGAUGCCCUCUUAUUGGCUUUCCUAAGGCUGAAGAAGUAUCAUGUAGCGUGGCAACUUUUAGUCUGCUACUGUUGUUAGAUACUUCCCAAGUUGUCAUGCUGAAAGCAUUUAUCAUAGCAGUAAACUUGCUAGAGCAACCCAAAAGUUUGAGAAAAUGACAAGUAGGAAUUGCACUUCUUGCCUGAAGGCUGCAAAUUAACAGAAGUGUUUAUAUAAACCUUUUCAACUUAAAACAGUGUGUAUAUGACAAUAUAUCAAAAUCAACGUUACCACUUCUAUUUAGAACAUUUACAAAUUGUAUCAAUAAUUCUGUAUUAACAGCUAUUAGCCACAUAGCUAUAAGAAAGAUACUGUAGAGAAUAACGUGCAUUUAUUUUUGGUACAUGUGCAUCAUCGAAAUAUUCAGUAAAGCGAUACACUGCCAAUGGGAUGGCACUGGUCAUUAUAAAGAGCAGUACCCAAACACAAAAAAAUCUUAUCAGAAUUCUAACUGAUGUGGCAUAUGAUGCACUCUACAGCUUCCUGAAGGGACGUUGUGAUGAGGAGGGGUUUGGCCUCUUCUCCCAGGCAACAAACAGGACCUGAGGAAAUGGCCACAAGUUGUACCAGAGGAGGUUUAGAUUAGACAUAAGGAAAAACUUUUCCUCUCAGAGAGUGGUCAGACACUGAAAUGGCUGCACAGAGAGGUGGUGGAGUCGCCAUCCCUGGCAGUGUUGAAGAGGCACCUGGAUGAGGAGCUACAUAAGGUUUAGUGGCUUGUGGUAGCAAUGGUAAUGGGAGGACGGUUGGACCAGAUGAUCUUGUAGGUCCUUUCCAACCUUGUGAUUCUAUGAUUCUAUAUAAUCACCAAAGAAGAUCUAUAGUGCAAUAGCAUUGACCCCAAGGACUCCAGACUAAAAUUCCAUAUCAAAUCAGAGUGUGCUGAAGUAAGAUGAACCCUACUGUAUAAAAGCAGUGUACCAUUUGAGAAUCAACUAUAUCUAAAUCUAAGUAGUUGUGUCAUGUUUAAAAAGCAGACAGGUCACUGCUCUGUGUUCUAUAAUCCAGCAAACUGUUUUCCAAUCUCAGAGUUAAAACAGUGACCCACUCUGAAAAACCCCUCUGAUCUAUCAUCUCCAAACAAUGGAGGACAAAUGUGAUUUCACUCACAUAAUAAAAGCCAAACAUUUCUGUGCUGAUACUUGAUUAUGACUCUUGUCAGAUGCUAUACUGUGAAGGACACUGUAAGGGGCUACCUGCAGGGGACAGCAAAGCACUUUGCAUGGCAAGGCCUACAUUUGCAGGAAACAGGAAGGCAGCAUUUCUACUGCUACAUCUUCAUUUGAGACUCCUCUGACUUCUUGCACCAGCUAAAAGCUUGAAUGCAAGGACAGCAGAUGAUUUAAUAAGAAAGCAGCUCCCUGGUGAGAGAGAACUACUAUGCUCCCAAUCUAUACAAUACAGAAAUGUUCCUUAAUCACACCCUGUAGAGCUGUUUGCUCGAAUCAUGAGGCACAUGCUCUCUGAGGACCCUGGGCUGAGUUACCUGGAAAUACACAAUUGUUUCAUCAGGUCACUGUCAUUGUGCCAGAAAACACUGUGGUCUGUUCUAUAGCUACUCCCACGUCUCUAACAUAUACCAGCUGCUGUUUACAUUCAUUCUAUGUAAUAUCCUCAACAAAACCACAAAUCCCACUUCAAAUUUGCACAUAUCCACCAAACAUAUCUACUUUUCUUCUUAAAAUGCAAGGGUACAGUAACAUCCUAUAGAAUUUUCAAAGCAAAGUGUUCCUUAUGACUGUAUAUGGAAAGCUAUCAAGUGUGAAGAACAGCAUUUCCAGCAAUUCCACAAAGGGCUGCUUUCAUCAAGCACAAUUCAAGUUAUUGCAUUCUUUAGGACAGUAAAUAGCACAAUGGGAAUGGAGUUUUCUGCCACAGAGCAUCUAUCACCUAUUCAUAAACAGUCUGUGGGGAUCUCUACAGGAGCCUCGUAUAGGGCACACAUUGUGUCCUCCAAGAUGAAUAAGCACUACCAUUCAAUGAAAACAAGCUAUCUGCUUGAGCUUUUUUUUCCUCUUUUUUUUUCCCCCCACUUACCCCUCUGUUCUCUGGUUCAGGUCUCUGUCCUUGGGGUCGUGGUGGAGUUUUCUCUCUACAAAAAAUUGUAGAAUUAGCUCAAAUUCAAGCACACAGACAGCAGUAUCUGCAAUAGGUUGGUUCAUAAGACGGAACAAACUUUUCCAUUGCAAAGGCUGGAAACUGAGGAUCAACAGUGAAGUCCAUGAACAUUUUAUAAAAGCCUCUCCAGUCAAAUAACAUCCAUUGAAGCCUACUACUUCUGUUAAUUAACACCCAAUUAACAGAAAUUGCCAGUCAAAUGAGGCUGCUCCAAAAGUGACUGAAUCACUGGCAUGCACUGCAUCCAGAGGACCAAGAGUGCCAACAGGUGAACGGUUAUGAAACAGGUCAGCUUCAGCAGUCUUCUUAAACUAAAGAAAGCCUGCUGGGAGGUGAAGACAUGGAAAUGAAGCCACAUAUUUAGGGAUCCAGCAGGACUCCCAGUGAGGUGCUGAAAGAGCAAGUGCAGCUGACAGAGCUGAAGCCGGACCUCCAAGAAGCAAACGGUGCACCGAGACCUGAAUGUCCCAUAACAACUGGGAGCAGCAGGUGGACCCUGAAGGAAGUUUGACAGAAAUCUGAUUCUUAACCUCCUACAGCUGCAUGGACUUUGAGUAAAAGCCACAGAUGAUCGGAGCUGAUAAUCGUUGGCAGCGUCCAGAAAAAGAACCGCCGCGUCCCGCCUUCGGCCCCCUCGCCCCCCGCCCCCCAGCCGGACCCGGACUCGGAUCCGGACCCGGACUCGCUCGGCUGUGCUCACCGGCGCUCCCGGAGACCCGCGGAGCCGCUCCCUGCCCGCGGCCGCCGUCACCUGAUCGCCCCGGAAGCGCGGCCCGGCGGAAGGGACCGGCCUAUCCCUGCCGCUCCGCGCUGCGGGGCCGCGUUCCGCCCGCACGGAGCCGUCGCAGUGAACGGAGCUGUCCCGCAGCGCGGCCCGGCCGUACCGCGGGGAGAGCAGCCGGCUCAGCCGCCGCGUAGCGCUGUCUCGGCGCCGCGUGUGACUUUUCGCUCUGCUUUCACCGCGGCCCGUUCCUCGCGCCCGUCCUCCCACUGAAACGAGCGCGGACUGCGCGUCAUCCGCGGCAGCGAAUGUGCGGGCCGAGCGGAGGAGAAAGGACAGUGGCGGCAGAGAGCGUUGCACAAAGGCGUACGGAGUGCCGCGAUCUGAGCGGGAGCAGCUCCGGGAGCAGAGCAAAGAGCGUUGAGGAGGCAUUUAUUUAUUCAGCUGUGAGGAGAGGACGGGCCCGAGGCUGAGGAGCUGUCAGAGCUGGGAGAGCCACCGAGGCGGCACCUCCGGUUUUGUCCCUGCCGGGCACACACUGCUCUGACAGCACCGCCGAGUGCUCCGCGCUGCACCUGAUGGAACAGGAGAAUCCCAGCCCGAAUCCCAGUGCCCUCCCACUAGAGGCGAGCUAAGGGAGUGAAGGUAACCAGAGGAGGUUAAUGCCAAAGGAGCCUUCCUUAGAGAGACCAGGGAUGCUGUCUGAGGCCUGUCCGCUGCGGGAGAUGGCCUGGGACCACGCAGGUCUCACGGCAGGUUCACACGUGCCAGCUGGGAACUGCUCAAUGUAAAAGCACGCUGUGCUGAGCCUUCAUGCUGCCUGCAGUAGCACAUCAGCUUGGUAAAGCCUGGAUCAACGUAGUGAUCCAGCAGCACUGCCAGAACUGCCGUGCUCUUGGUGUACUGCACUGGGAAACUUGUAGUUGAGGUGCUGAUAAAGCUCAUGUCCAAAGCUCAGUAGUUCAGGUACGGAGCAUACAUGGAACACUCAGUAACUCUGCCGGUGGCAGUGAAUGUAAAUUGAAUGGCAGUAAGUGAUACGAGGGGAUACUUCUCUUGCUGAAGCAAGGAAAUCAGCUUUCAAAGCGGUAAUAACGGGGAGGUGUUGUUUAUGUGUAUUUUCAUGGCGUUACGUGUGUCAUUUUUCAGCGUAGCUGGCAGCCAGUGACUGAUGAGAUGUAGAAAAAACACCCCAUAGGCUGCCUGCUGGUUCACUCUCAUGGUGUGCAUGAGAAUAAAUGACCUGGAUUUAGUCAUUUUUCACGACCUGAGUUACAAGUCUCACACAGUAGUUACGGUCCCAUGUAUUUAUGCUGUGUAUAGAACCCCUCCUAGAAUUCCCUUAGUGAAGAGAUACACAGAUGAGGAACCCGACCCACUGAGUUGCACAUCAGCGUUUUUCUCAUCAGCUCUCCAUUUUACAAGUAUUUUCAACCUAAUGGUAUCUCAAUCCAGCGUUACAUCCCAUUUGGAAAUGCUCUUCCUUGACACACUUCCAUGCCAGAGUUCCCAUUUAUCUGUGGCUCUUCGCCUUCGUCCAACAGGAGGAGCAGCCUCCAGGAGCUCCUGCUCACCUCAGCUUUCAGUUUUCAAUACAGCACCAAAGCAGUGGGAAACCACGCCGCUGUUCUGUUAGGUGACGUGCUUCCAUCCGCGUGGGCUUUGCUCCGGGCUUCUGCCUCUGGAAGCCGACAAACUUCAUCAGGUUUGCAGCACCUCCAACUUUGCCUGAUGUGCUGGAGCGAAGCAUUGAGUGCUGUGACACCUGGGGGGCGAAAUGAACAAGUGACGCCCUGCAGCAUCUGUCACCAAAGCCCUACGGCUCCAACAGCCAGCAGGAGGAAGCGGCCGUCCCGUACGGAGAGCUGCCGGGCUGGGGGGCGUCCCGAGGGAAGCGGCGGCAGAUCGUGGAGCAGAUCACAUCCAACGCAGCCCUCAGACCCGCGGGGGGAGGCUGAGCGCCUUCUGUCCUUCCCUGCUGAUGGACGGAGCGUUGUAAAGGGUGCGGGCAGAGAUGCGCGCCGCCUCCCACGUCCGUCCUCCUUAAGGCCAAGCGUUCUGCCUGCUUCUAAAAGCACAAAGCCGUGCCAUCUUUCUGCCGCCAUCGCUCCGUGUUCACACUCCGUCUGUUACGGCCGAGAACACAGGGCUGCACUGCACGCACGCCGCAGCGGUUACGGCUGUCGGACGGUCACUCCCUGCCACGUUCCAUCCCCGCACCGCGCUCCUUCCAGCAGCACAACGCCGAACAAAACAAGUGCGGAACAGCGGCUCGCUCACAUCUCCCCUCUGCCGCUUUGGUCGCUCAGCUGGAAGGGCAGCACGGACACCUACACGCGCGUUCCUCACGGCUCCCGGCCGUUCCGCGUGCCGCCCCCUCGCCGCCCUUCUCGCCGUCCGCCUCCCGGGGGAGCGCUCCCGAAGGGGCGGUGCCCGCCGCCCGCCGCGGCCAUCUCGUGGGACCGCGUGCUGCGGGACUACAGCGCCCGGCAUGCCUUGCGGCCGGCGGCGGGACUACAGCGCCCGGCAUGCCCCGCGGCGGCGUGGCUUCAAGAUGGCGGCGCGCAGGGACAGCUGUGGCACGGACAGCAGCUCGGACUCGGAGAGCAGCGGCGGGGCGGCAGCGCGGUUCCGGGAGGCGGCCUGGGACUGCGCGAAGCAGGCGGCGGUGCGGACGGAGCCGCGAGGCGGUGGCUUUACAAAGGAUCAGCGGCAGGCUGCUCGGCCCAGCCUCAGACGUGAGGUGAAUGACCAUGAUGAGGAUGGAAAUGAGCUACAGACCACACCAGAGUUCAGAGCACACGUUGCAAAGAAACUGGGAGCAAUGCUAGACAGUUUCAUCACUGUCUUGAAGGAUUCAUCAGGACCUUCACCAGCUUGUGUGCAGCAGUCUGACUGUGGAGAUGAUGGUUUUCGCCUCUUCUCCUCCUCUGUCCCAGGAGACUGUGGGCAAUCAGAGCAAAGCCCUGCCCCAAGGAGGAGACGGCCACCUAGUUCCAGUGACUCAGACAGUGACCAAGAGUGGCAAAAGUACCAGGAGGCUGCUGUGUCAGCAGCAGACAUUCUGAAGCAAAGUGCUUUUCCUGAGUUGUCCCAGGAUUCCAGCCAGAAUAUGUGUCAGGGUUAUGUGGAGCACAGACAGAAGAAAAAGAAGAAAAAGAAAAUUAAGGGAGAGAACAAAACUGAAGAGAAAAUAAUAGACCCAGCAGAGCGUGACCAGGUCAGCAAAGAUUUGCCAUGGUUGGUUUCUGCAAAUGGACAACACAAGAGAGAGGACAGCAAUCAUACAGAUAACACAGUGUCACCAGGAGCUGUGAUGAAGAAGAAGAAGAAGAAGAAGAAAGAGAGAGAAUAAAGAUUUUGCUCUGCAAAUGGGCAGGUGGUUGUGAUGAAUGAAGGAUGCUGGGAAAAAGCUAACAGAGCUGCUGCAGACGGAAAACUAAUUGGCAAAGCUUUUGUUCUAAAAGCUCCGUGGCCUGGGAGUCUAAUUAAAGCGACUUCCUAUGUUGUUGACCUCCCUUGGGGAGCACUUUUCUCCUAGCACAGCACUUAUCUGUGCUGCUGCUUGUGCAAUCCUGGCGCGAAAGGAUUAAAUACUGUACACAGACCAGUGUGGUGGAGGGGUGUAAUCAUAGCUGCAUCCCUUCUGAUCUGUUCUCUCACAUGCUGAAACCAAAUCUUGUCUCCUGGAGAAAGCAUAUGAUGAAUUGAACUUGGUUUACAUGGCAACAGGUGGUCAACUUCUUUUUUGCUUUGAUUUGCCUGUGGGAAGCUCAUUUAUUGAAAAGCAUCUGGCAGAUGUGAGUCCCUGCCCCCCUCUAUUUUUUUCCCUCUCUCUGAUUAUCGUAACAAUCUGCUGUUGAAACCUGCCAUGUUACUGAUCCCUCUGUACUCCACACCUCUCCAGGGCCCCUGCAUGUAAACAAAGAUAAUGCAGUGAGCUUAUUUUGAGGUUGUUAAAAACAGGCAGUUCUGCUACAUCCUUAUAAAUCUCUCUUAGAGUGUUUUCUGGGGUAUUUUUCUGUUAUUAAAUUCUUAUACACUAUUAGGCUUAUUUAACUUGGCAGGUUUGCAGGACAGCAGCUUUCUUGCUGUGUUAAAUAGUUCCACCAGUGGAGACAAAAAGGGCUGAAGAUGGGCUCUUUUCAUUUGAUUGCUGAUCAAUGCUGUGAAAUUGUUACAGGAAAUACUUAAAUCUCAGUUGCUGAGUUUCAGACUUCGUUUUGGUUCACUAUGACUUUUGUCUGUGAAAUACAGUGGGUUUUGGUACUUUUUUAGCAUGGCUCUUAAUCUGUUUGUUUCAGCUGCAGUAUUCCAAGAAACAACCUGUUAUCUGGAUCAAUACUCUCCUUCUGUUGGCUUUCAGUAGGUCUAAUUCAUUGGCUCUGCUCAGGAGACCUAAAAGCUGGAUUAGAGAAACCAAAA